GAAAGAAACUACAGACUACAUUUCGUAUUAACUUAUCUUUAAAACGUAAAUAAAAAUAUAUGGAAGUGCUUAUAUUAUUAUAAAAAUUUGAUUAUGGAGAUAUGGAGGCUGUGCAAAAAAUGAAAAAGUCGGAUAAUUUGGAAAAUGAGACUGGUGAACCGAAUAUUUCGAGGGAGGAAGACCUCUCUUCAUUUAGAGAGCAGUGGCAGAAAGAAAUCCGUUCAACAAAAAGAAGUCAGACUGAUGAACAAUUAAAUAAGGUACUGAAGCCGACAUCUUCAGAAAAUGUUGCAGGACACAAAGCUGAUAUCAAGAACCCUAGUCAAGAGGAUGAUACUAAUGAAAAAGCUACUAAAUUGUUUCUUAAAGGUGUGGAAAUGGAGAAUUCUGGAAAGUUGUAUGAAGCCAUUCAGUACUAUAAACAAGCUGUUCAGAUUGUACCUGAUAUUGAAUUUAUAAUGCAUAAGAAGACUAAGCCUAAAGUAAUACAGGAGAAUGAGGAAGAGGAACUGAAUGAGAACAUUGAAACUGAAGAUGCAUCAACAGAUGAUGAUGAGGAUAAUGAAGAAGAGGAUAUUUUCCUUAAAAUUCAGAGAAAGGUUUCAAACAAGACUUCUUUGUGCCUUCCAAAACACUCAAAUAAUGGUUUGCACAUUGGCCAAAUGCCGGUGGAGUUAAUUUUGUAUAUUUUAAAAUGGGUUGUAUCUGAUCAGUUAGAUAUGAGGUCAUUGGAAAUGUUUUCUAGAGUUUGUAGAGGAUUUUACCUUUGUGCUAGAAAUGAAGGAAUAUGGAAACUUGCUUGUUUGAGAGUUUGGGGUGUAAAUCGUGGGUCUACUACUGGAGAUUACAAGUCUUGGCGCCAUAUGUUCAUAGAAAGACCAAGAGUAAAUUUUAAUGGUUGUUACAUCAGCAAGACAACAUAUAUAAGAAACGGAGAAAACAGUUUCCAAGACCAGUUCUACAGACCAUGGCAUUUGGUAGCAUAUUACCGAUUUUUAAGAUUUUAUCCCGAUGGUACAGUAUUGAUGCUGACAUCAGCAGAGGAGCCAAUGCAGGGAAUCCACCUGCUGAAAUCAAGAAAUGCUAAAUAUCCAGUUUUCACUGGUUGUUACAGACUAAAAGAUGACAGAGUAAUUUUAGUAGUCAAAAGACAACAAAAAAGUGUACCUACUGAAUUUAAGAAGAGUUACAAGAAGCAGGAUAAUUCAAAUAAGAAGGAAGUGGUGUAUAAUAUGGAAUUUCAAAUAAAGGGUAAGAGGAAAAAGCACGAGCAAUUGCACUGGAUUCAUUAUUCGAUUGUUACGAAGUCCAAGAAGGGAGAUGAAACUACCACAAACUUUGACCUAUUGGGAAAUCGAUAUCCAGCGCUUUUAUUUUCAAGAGUGAAAAGUUUUACGGAGAGUUCAGAAAAUCCGUUAAUAUAGACAAAUAAAGAAGUAUUUUGAAUAUGGUGAAUAUUUUAAUAAAAGGGAAUGUUGCUUUUUAAUUUAUUUUUUAAGGAAUUGUAAAUAAAAUAUGAGAUGUU